AUGCAAUUCCUGAAUAAAGCUUUGGACCCUUUCACGAGAUCCCUGUACCCCAAAACCUACCAAUCAGGGAGAAGAAACACGGCCACCCCAAAACCUACCGAUCAGGGAGAAGAAACACGGCCACCCCAAAACCUACCGAUCAGGGAGAAGAAACACGGCCACCCCAAAACGUACCGAAGAGGGAGAAGAAACACGGCCACCCCAAAACCUACCGAUCAGGAAGAGGAAACACGGGCACCCCAAAACGUACUGAGGGAGAAGAAACACGGGCACCCCAAAACCUACCGAAGAGGGAGAAGAAACACGGCCAACCCCAAAACCUACCAAUCAGGGAGAAGAAACACGGCCACCCCAAAACCUACCGAUCAGGAAGAGGAAACACGGGCACCCCAAAACGUACUGAGGGAGAAGAAACACGGGCACCCCAAAACCUACCGAAGAGGGAGAAGAAACACGGCCACCCCAAAACGUACCGAAGAGGGAGAAGAAACACGGCCACCCCAAAACCUACCGAAGAGGGAGAAGAAACACGGCCAACCCCAAAACCUACCAAUCAGGGAGAAGAAACACGGUCAACCCCAAAACCUACCAAUCAGGGAGAAGAAACACGGCCAACCCCAAAACCUACCAAUCAGGGAGAAGAAACACGGCCACCCAAAACCUACCGAUCAGGGAGAAGAAACACGGCCAACCCCAAAACCUACCAAUCAGGGAGAAGAAACACUGCCACCCCAAAACCUACCAAUCAGGGAGAAGAAAAAACGGCCACCCCAAAACCUACCAAUCAGGGAGAAGAAACACAACCACCCCAAAAACGUACCGAAGAGGGAGAAGAAACACGGCCACCCCAAAACCUACCAAUCAGGGAGAAGAAACACGGCCAGCCCCAAAACCUACCAAUCAGGGAGAAGAAACAUGGCCACCCAAAACCUACUGAAGAGGGAGAAGAAACACGGCCAACCCAAAACCUACCAAUCAGGGAGAAGAAACACGGCCAACCCAAAACCUACCGAAGAGGGAGAAGAAACACGGCCAGCCCCAAAACCUACCAAUCAGGGAGAAGAAACACGGCCACCCCAAAACCUACCGAAGAGGGAGAAGAAACACGGCCAGCCCCAAAACCUACCAAUCAGGGAGAAGAAACACGGCCACCCCAAAACCUACCGAAGAGGGAGAAGAAACACGGCCACCCCAAAACCUACCGAAGAGGGAGAAGAAACACGGCCACCCCAAAACCUACCGAAGAGGGAGAAGAAACACAACCACCCCAAAAACGUACCGAAGAGGGAGAAGAAACACGGCCACCCCAAAACCUACCAAUCAGGGAGAAGAAACACGGCCACCCCAAAACCUACCGAAGAGGGAGAAGAAACACGGCCAACCCCAAAACCUACCAAUCAGGGAGAAGAAACACAACCACCCCAAAAACGUACCGAAGAGGGAGAAGAAACACGGCCACCCCAAAACCUACCAAUCAGGGAGAAGAAACACGGCCACCCCAAAACGUACCGAAGAGGGAGAAGAAACACGGCCACCCCAAAACCUACCGAAGAGGGAGAAGAAACACGGCCACCCCAAAACCUACCGAAGAGGGAGAAGAAACACGGCCACCCCAAAACCUACCGAAGAGGGAGACCCAUUGAGAGCCACCUCAGAAGGAGCCCUUACAAGAAAAAAAUUAAUAAAAUUGCAGCCAAAAAUUUAAAAGGGCCGGCUGAGACCUUUUUCUCCCAGAUUAAGAGUGUGGAUCAGAUCCUUUAUCUAGAGAAAAUGGAAAUCUAG